GUCAUUAUCAUUCUAUUAGAUAUUUUGUUCUCAACUAGCAAAUGAAAAUAUUUUGAACACAACAACAACAAAAAAAAAACAGAACAUUAUCCAAAUUAUGAACAGAGCAGAGGCAGAGCAAGAAGAAGAAUUCAGUGAAUGGGUAGUUGUUAUACAAACCUCACCCAAAUCCCCACGUACUGACGCAUCUACCCCUCCAAACUCACCGAUAUUACAACCAAGCCACCGCCGUGAAAAUCCAACGAUCAACGACGAUGAUGAAGAUUCUGUUGUCCCCUCCACCGUGAAUCUUUGGCUUCCGUGGCGAGUGAUUGAGACUACCAAGAAGCGAUUAAUCAAGAACUCAGUGUGCAUCUUUCAGGCCGUCGAAAGGGUGCGUUGUAGUUACCUAACUCGUAAAAGGGUAUUUUGGUCAUUAACAAUCAUUGGAGGCUUCUCGUUGGUCUUGAGCCUUGUUUAUGUGAAGCUCGUGAGAUGGUGGAGACGGCUACAUGAAGAGAAACUGAGAUUUCUGCUUCUUCUCCUCAGAGAGAAAGAUCAGAGAAUAAAGGAACUUAUGGUUGAAAUUGGGAGAUUGAACGAGUUGUUAUCAUCACGACGCAGAGUUCGAGUGGUUCGAAUCGUGUAACGAGACGAGUGUAUAUAUGUAUGUAUUAGAAGAGCAUUUGCUAUGUGUUGUGUGAUUAUUAUACAGACAUAUAUAGUUUCACGUGUAUGUAAGAAGAUAUACAAAUAUCAAAGAGAAAUAGAGUGGGAUACAGUUUAUGCUUGAUGUAUUGUUCUGUUUUAUAUAUGUUGCUUCAUGUUUGAUUAAAAAAACUAAAAUGUUAUGAAGUUUUUUGAGUGUC